CUCGUGUUAUCGUCGGACGGAAAUGACGUAGUUACAGUACUUUCGAAAGCACAGGCGGGGAAACAGUGUGGCAACAAAACUAGGAUGUAAAUAUGCCUGGGGAUCAGGUGUGUUUGGGUCGCAAGCGCCCGCUGCCCCAGUGCCCGAACCCUCUGUUCCUGCAGUGGUUAACAGAGUUACGGGACAGCGCCAAAGAGAAGGGCCUGAAAACACAGUACGUGUACCAGAAGGCCAUAAACUCUCUGAAAAAAUAUCCUCUCCCGCUAAAAAACGGAAAAGAGGCGAAGAUCCUGCAGAAUUUCGGCGACGGGAUCUGCAAGAUUUUGGACGAGCGACUGCAGAAGCAUUAUCGGGAAAACGGUCCUGAUGCUCCAAUCCACUUGACUAGCCAUACAAGCAACGUGGCUUCCUCUAAACAGAUGGACGGACCACAGAAGAAACUUUCCGGAAACUUGGGUGAACAUAUGAAACGAACGCAAAUAGAAGGAAGAAAGGAGAAGGGAACUAGGAAAAAGAGAGAGUAUGUGCCACAGAAGAGGUCUGGAGGUUACGCUGUAAUGCUCACUUUGUACAGACACACACAGAUGCCUGGCAGUAAAGGCUUCAUGUUUAGGAAUGAACUACAAACUGAGGCACAACCCUUGUGUGAUAAGUCCUUCACAGUGCCUGAUCUUGGUAGCAAGUACACGGCGUGGUCCUCGGUGAGCACGCUCAUUCAGAAAGACCUGUUGGUGAAGACACACAAUCCCGCCAGGUAUUCAUUGACUGACCGGGGUUUGGCUUUAGCUGAGAGGCUUGAUUCAGAAGAGACGGGGAUGACUAAAGGACAUGUGGACCAAAAGAGUGAAGAAGAAAACUCUCAUGAUGGACCAGAUGUUGUAGACCUGACUUUGGAGGAGGAGGAGGAUGAGGAGCAGGAAGAGAAAGACAAAGCGAGUCGGUGCAGCCAGUCUUCAGAAAGGCCUACUACAGCUCUGUCUAUGAACCAGGCCAGAGGUCUUCUCUCCGAGUCUAAUGCCAAAGGAGAAUCCCAAACUUUAGAAACAGUGAGAACAGCAAUGGGUUGGCAUCUUCCACCUGGAUCUUAUGACAUUGUAUUGUGCGUUGACUUCGUCGAGACAACUGGGGGAAGCAGUGGUCGUAAACAAGAAUUGGCCAAGGAAUUGCAAAGGAAUGCUGUGACCUUUGACAUCAGGAAACUGAAUGUAGGGGACUUCCUUUGGGUGGCCCGUGAGAAAGUGACACCUGUUCCUGGGCAGCUGCGUCCACCAGUGGGAAAAGAGCUAGUGCUUGACUACAUCAUUGAGAGGAAGAGGAUGGAUGAUCUCUGUGGAAGCAUCAUAGAUGGACGCUUCAGAGAGCAGAAGUUUCGCCUGAAGAGGUGUGGUCUGCGUAAGCCCAUUUAUCUAGUGGAGGAGUGUGGAUCGGCGGCGGCUCAUCUCAGUUUACCUGAGAGUACAUUACAACAGGCUAUAGUCAAUACACAGGUGGUUGACGGCUUCUUUGUGAAGCGUGUACAGGAUGUGAAAGAGUCUGUUGCUUACCUCACCAUCAUGACCAGAUACCUUCAGAAACUCUACCAGAAUUGCACAUUAUUCUGUCGCUCCAGAGAGCUGGAGGGUGAUAGAGAAGAUGAGAUGGAGAAAACAGCGAACCUCUCCUGCUCUCUCAUGGCCUUCACAGAGUUUAACUAUGGGGCUGUCAAGAACAAGUGCCAGACAGUGCGGGAAGUAUUUGCUCGACAGCUUAUGCAGAUCAGUGGAGUCUCUGGUGAUAAAGCAGCCGCUGUUCUCGAGCACUACGGCACAGUCAGCAGUUUAUUGCAAGCAUAUGAUCAAUGCUCCAAUGAAACGGAAAAAGAGAAGCUUCUUUCAUCCAUCAAAUAUGGAAAACUCAAAAGGAAUCUUGGACCAGCCUUGAGUCGCACUAUAUAUCAGCUUUACUGUACAUGUGGACCUCUGUCAUAGGCUUUCACCUUAUUAAAAACACAAAUGUGUGGUGCAUUUGAGUUUAAUCAUUGUAUUAUAAUUUUUCUGUUUGUUGACUCAAAUAAUGUCCAAAGCAAUAAAGGUGUAAAUUACAGUUUUU